UCAAUCUGUUCCGGUGCAGGCAGCACCAGCUGAUCUCAGAACUGGACGUGCAGUUGUGAACAGUCUUUUGCUUGCCUGUAUGGAUGAAUUAAAAUAUAAAUAAAAUAUAUAUUUAUUUAAGAGUUGUUUUAAUUCAGAAGACAUGCUGGCGUCCACGUGGGGGUUUCUAAAGCGCCAUAAAAGGAAAUUUAUAUUUGCAGGUGCUUUUGUUGGAGGAGUUUACCUAUUGGGUAAAUAUGCACAGAAGAAAAUAAGAGACAUCCAGGAACGAGAAGCAGCAGAGUACAUUGCACAGGCACGCCGUCAAUUUCAUUUUGAAAGUAACCAAAGAACCUGUAACAUGACAGUGUUAUCAAUGCUUCCAACUUUAAGAGAUGCUAUCAUACAACACCUGAAUUCAGAAAGCCUCACAGCUUUGCUCAAGAACAAGCCACCAAAUAAGCUGGAGAUCUGGGAGGACUUAAAGAUAAUCAGUUUCACUAGAAGCAUAGUAGCUGUCUACAGUACCUGUAUGCUAGUUGUACUGUUGCGUGUCCAGCUAAAUAUCAUUGGUGGAUACAUAUACCUCGAUAAUUCUGCUCUCAGCAAGAAUGGAAUGACACCUCUUGCACCCCCUGAAGUCCAACAGCAGUAUCUGUCGAGUAUUCAGCACCUUCUCGGGGAUGGCCUAAAUGAACUAAUGACUGUAGUGAAGCAAGCUGUACAGAGCAUUUUAGGAGGCAUUUCCCUUAAACAGAGCAUCUCUCUGCUGGAGCUGGAGCAGCAUGUAAACCAGAUCAGAGAGCAGGUGGAGCAGAGGGGGCGCUCAAGCACAGCUGAAAGUAGUGGAAACAAAUCAACUCUUUCUUCGUACAUGAUGCCAGACGAGGAAAGCACUUUAUCAGCUCAGGCAUGUGGUCUAACAGAGAAAGAUGUUGGAACAAUAAAAUUGCUAAAUGAGACCCGGGACAUGUUAGAAAGUCCAGACUUCUGCAUUGUUUUGAAUACCUGUUUGAACCGUGGGUUUAGCCGGCUUUUUGACAAUAUGGCAGAGUUUUUCAGGCCUACACAGCAAGAUGCUGGGCAGAGCAUCACAGCGGACAGUCUGUCCAAUGUCAGUCUUCCGCUAGCCAAACUCAUCCCCAUUGUAAAUGGACAGAUUAAUUCAAUAUGCAGUGAAACACCAAGCCAGUUUGUUCAGGACCUCUUAAUGAUUGAGCAGGUGAAGGAAUUUUCUGCUAAUGUAUAUGAAGCUUUCAGUGCACCUCAGCAGUUGCAGAAAUGAGUUGGAAUACUUGCACUGGGAUUGUACACAUAGUAAACAAUUCUGCAGCCACAUUCCCAGUGAAUCUACAGCAGAUGGAACCUCUUUUUAGCUAAGCAGCACAUUCCUAGCAAUUACACACUGCUUUCUAAAGUGGUAAACCAAGUUUGAUAAUACGAGAGAUGCCCAGGGAGAAGAUUUCGGCACCCAACACUAGCUGAUAAUUAAAGGAAGCCCCUGCAUGCCUUGAUCCACCAAGUAUUUGGUUUAGUGGGGUUAAAAGCAAAAUGUUUCUAUAACAAAGCAGCACUUGGCUUUAAUUUAAGGCCUGUGCCGCUGUAGAACUAUACCAAGACUGGAAACUACCUGUAAGUUGAUCUAGAAGUUUAUUCAGUUGUUUUUUUGUUUGGUUUUUUUUGUCUGAUUGUAACAAACUUGUCUAUUUAUCUUUUCUAUCAUUACCUGAAACUGGUUUGAUUAAUUUAGCAUGUUUCAUACCACCUUAUACUCCUCUCCGUAACUAAGGAAACUAGCAUGUGGUUGCUCCGAAACUGUACUAGAACUUCUCAUCUGCACGUACAUAUCAAAUCUAAAAGUAAUACGUCUAUUUGCCGCUUUUGAGGAAUUGCAUUCUACUUACAAGUCUCUUAGUAUUGUAGAUAAUAUUAAUGCAUUAACAUACUACACUAAAACAAAAUUCAGACCCAUGUUACAAGAGGCCUGUUAAUUUUGUUUUUAUUUAGCCUAUUUUCUGUUGUAAAAGAAUGAAAUAGACAAACUUUAAUUUGAUUGUGUUUUAACAUACUGUAAUUAAAGAGUUAACUGUAACUAAGAGUUCUGUCCACUGGGAAUAGCGUGAGUGAUGUGGGGUUUUCUUUCUGUAAAGACUAGUGCAGUUUAAGUAUUUUUUUUCUUAUUUUAUCAAUACAAGUUUAUCUGUAAAAUACAGCCAUUAAAUGUGUAAGUUUGGACAUAUAGAUCGCCACACAUCUCCCAAUACAAAUUGUGUAAAAUUAAUAAAUUGUAUGAACUUUCA